AUGGAACACCAUGGAAUGUCCAUGGAACUGAAGAAUGUACUCAAAGUCGCAAAUUAUGUAUUUACCACCAUAUUUGUUAUUGAAGCAAUACUAAAACUUGUUGCAUUCAAUAAACAAUACUUUAAAAGUGGCUGGAAUAUCUUCGACCUUGUCGUGGUUGUUGCCAGCUUAAUUGACUUAGGAGUGGAAGGGCUCAAAGGUGUAUCUGUGUUCCGGUCUUUUCGACUAUUACGAGUUUUCCGUUUGGCUCAAUCUUGGACAACAAUGAGACUGCUUCUGUGUAUAAUCCUCAAUACACUUGGCUCGUUAGGUUACUUGACGAUAAUACUCAUCAUUAUCAUCUACAUAUUUGCUGUCACUGGACUGCAACUUUUCCACACAGAGUACACGCCAGACAAAUUCAGGGGCGAACCAGUUCCCAGGUGGAACUUCAAUGACUUUCUCCACUCCUUUAUGAUGGUAUUUCGAAUCCUAUGUGGAGAAUGGAUUGAACCGAUGUAUGAUUGCAUGCGUGCCUGUAAUGGGCUCUGCUUUCUCAUCUUCAUUCCAGUAACCGUGUUUGGGAAAACACUGUUCUUCCUGUUCAUCGGUCUGGUCCUGGGCGCGUUUGGUUCUGAUACAGUGGAACAAGAAGUGGAAGUGUCCAGCUUUGCCUUGGCCUGGGCCAGAAUCCAAGCCAUGCUCGGUCAGAGAAAGGGGAAUAUCUGUCCUACUGAUGACAAUGUUAAGGAUGACGGUCAAGAUGAAGGUAGUCUUUUUUUGCUUGUUGAUGAUGAACUAGCCUUUUGCUUGGUAGCCUGGUACCAAUGA